GACGGCUUCCGGUGAAUGUUGUAAGCGCUGAAACACUCUAGCAAUCCUGUUUGCGUUUAUUCAGCUGUAUUUCGAUGUUUGUUGAAAAUAUAAUAAAUAAAUAAAUAAAGAUGACAUUAUAGUAACAAUACUUUAUAUAUCGGUAGAAUUCACAAUUUGCCUCGUCGCAUCCGACGGUUUUUGCACUAUAACCUUGGCGUCCCUGCUAUAAACCUAUCAACCAACAAUUAAAUAUGGCAAUGCUAUGUCGUGGUCUUCAUAUACCUUCCCCAAUUCAGGUUUUAACAGAAACCACGCCUCUGCCUUGGUUAAUUUUAUUCCGCAGCAAGUUCACCAGAGCACGGAUCCCACAAGAGUUGCUGGACGAGCGGUCUCAAGAGCAUGAGAAGUAUGGUGGCAACCCGGAGCAGCCCCAUAAGCUGCACGUGGUGACGCGGGUCAAGAGCACCAUGCGCCGACCCUACUGGGAGAAGAAGCUAGUGGAGGGACUCUGCCUGCAGAAGGCAUAUGUACCUGUAAUUCACAAGAACAUCCCUUCAGUCAACAACCAGCUGAAAUUCAUCAAGCAUCUUGUGAGGAUCCAGCCACUGAAGCUUCCCCAUGGUCUCCCUGCUGAGGAAGACAUGGCCGACACCUACCUGAACAGCAAAGGAGAGCUGAUCGUACGACGCCUCCUCAAACCUGUAGAGUCCAAAGCCAUAGAGUCAUAGCCAGCACUACUCUAUCCCCAAGUCCUCACCUGCCAUUUCGUCAGUGGGCCUGUUUGAAUACUGAAAAUGCAUCCUCCUUUCCUCAAAGUAAUCACUGACAUGACUGGAUUGGCUGUGUAGUGGAUCCCAUGCUUUCACCUAUCCAAUCUGUACAGGACACAAAUUAAUGGUUUUAGUCUGGCCUACCAGAAAUCAGCCGUGAUUCCAAUUACUGGAUCAGUGAAAUUUCUGUACUUGUGUUCAUUCUAAACCUGGACUGAGAAACACUUCUAUAGCUCACCCCUUUGUAUUACAUUUCAAAUAAAAACAUAACAUAAACAUGUA